AUGGACGGCCCGGCGCGAUGCAACGGGCUGCGGAAGAAGCGGCGAUCGCGCUCCCAGCGCGACCGGGAGCGGCGAGCCAAGGGCGGCCGGCGGGGCGCUGCCUCCGGCGGGGCCGCCGGCUCCGGGGCCGCCGCGGCGCUCUCGUCCUCGGGCUCCGAGAAGGAAGACAAUGGGCCCCCGGCGCCGUCCCGGCCGCGGCCCCCCCGCAGGAAGCGGCGGGAGUCCUCCUCGGCCGAAGAGGACAUUAUCGACGGCUUCGCGAUGGCCAGCUUCGUCACUUUGGAGGCGCUGGAGAAGGACGUAGCUCUGAAGCCUCAGGAACGUGUGGAGAAGCGACAGAAUCCUCUAGCCAAGAAGAAACGGGAAGCACUUACCAAUGGGUUGUCGUACCUGCCAAAAAAGAACAGACUUCACCACCACCAGUACAACUCCGACCGAGAAAAUGAUCGUAAUCUUUGUCAGCACCUUGGGAAAAGGAAGAAAUUACCGAAGGGCCUCAGACAGCUCAAGCCAGGUCAAAACAGUUGCCGAGACAGCGACAGUGAAAGCGCCAGUGGGGAAUCGAAAGGUUUCCAUCGAAGUAGCUCUCGGGAAAGACUCAGUGACAGCUCAGCUCCUUCCAGCUUGGGAACAGGCUACUUUUGUGACAGCGACAGUGAUCAAGAGGAAAAGGCAUCUGAUGCCAGCUCUGAAAAACUGUUCAACGCUGUUACAAAUAAAGAUAAAGAGUUAGGAGUCAGUGCGCUAGCCGAAAAUGUCGACCCUGGUGCUAGGGGGCCAGCUGUCCCGAAAAUAUCAGGAUUAGAGAGGAGUCAAGAGAAGAGCCAGGACAGCAGCAAAGACCCAAUACUUGAGCCUGUGGUGCCUAAAGACCCUUGUCCUCAGGCGGCCCAGCCUUUGGCCCAGCCCCAGCUGGAGCCGCAGCCAGAGGCGCCUUGCCCCAGCCCCGCGCUCGCCCCGUGCCCGGAGGCUCCAGCCCCACCAGCCCCACCGCCAGCCGCCCAGCCACUGCCAGCCCCAGAGGAGGCCGCCCGCCAGCCCGCGCCGCAGCCGCCCAUCCAGCACCCACCGCGGCCGCAGUCACCAGUGCAGCCGGCCCAUCCCAACCUCCCUCCAGUGCAGCCCCAUCCGGCCUCUCAGAGCCUCUCGCAGCCGCUCUCCGCCUACAACAGCAGCAGCUUAAGCCUCAACAGCUUAAGCAGCAGCAGAAGCAGCACUCCUGCCAAGACUCAGGCCCCCCCUCCACACAUAUCUCACCACCCUUCAGCCUCACCGUUCCCCCUCUCUUUACCAAGCCACAGCCCGCUGCAUACCUUCACGCCCACCCUCCAGCCCCCCGCACACCCACAUCACCCCAAUAUGUUUGCCCCUCCUACGGCUUUGCCUCCUCCACCGCCAUUGACGUCAGGGACCCUGCAGGUUCCAGGACACCCAGCUGGUAGCAGUUAUUCAGAACAAGAUCUUCUUCGUCAGGAACUAAACACGCGGUUUUUGGCCUCACAGAGCGCAGAUCGCGGGGCCUCCCUGGGCCCGCCUCCGUACCUGAGGACCGAGUUCCACCAGCACCAGCACCAGCACCAGCACACACACCAACACACACACCAGCACACCUUCACGCCUUUCCCUCACGCCAUCCCACCCACUGCCAUCAUGCCAACGCCAGCACCACCCAUGGUGCGUACCCCAGGCAGAAAUUUUGACAAAUACCCUACAAAAGUUGACCCCUUCUACCGUCACAGUCUGUUUCACUCCUAUCCUCCAGCUGUAUCAGGUAUUCCUCCCAUGAUUCCUCCAACUGGCCCGUUUGGCUCACUACAAGGAGCAUUUCAACCCAAGACUUCCAAUCCUAUUGAUGUUGCAGCCAGACCUGGAACUGUCCCACAUACCCUUCUACAGAAAGAUCCACGGUUGACAGAUCCGUUCAGGCCCAUGUUGAGGAAACCCGGAAAGUGGUGCGCUAUGCAUGUUCACAUUGCCUGGCAGAUAUACCAUCAUCAACAGAAAGUCAAGAAACAGAUGCAGUCAGAUCCACACAAGCUGGACUUUGGCCUGAAACCUGAAUUUCUGAGCAGGCCACCAGGCCCCAGCCUUUUUGGAGCCAUCCACCACCCCCAUGACCUGGCUCGGCCCUCGACUCUCUUCUCCACAGCCAGUGGGGCUCACCCAGCUGGCACCCCUUUUGGCCCUCCACCUCACCACAGCAACUUUCUCAACCCAGCUGCUCACUUAGAGCCUUUCAAUCGACCAGCUUCCUUCAGUGGUCUCACUGCAGUGGGUAGUAAUGCCUUCGGGGGACUCGGGAACCCGACAGUUACACCCAACUCAAUGUUCGGCCACAAGGAUGGCCCCAGUAUGCAGAGCUUUAGCAACCCUCACGAGCCCUGGAACCGACUGCACCGAACUCCUCCUUCGUUCCCGACCCCUCCGCCCUGGCUGAAGCCAGGAGAGCUGGAGCGCAGUUCAUCUGCUGCAGCUCAUGACAGAGAUAGAGAUGUAGAUAAACGAGACUCAUCUGUUAGUAAAGAUGACAAAGAAAGGGAGAGCAUUGAGAAAAGACACUCCAGCCAUCCUUCGCCAGCACCUAUCCAUCCAGUGAACUCCCUCGGACAUAAUCGCAGCUCAAAUGAGCAGAUCAGGAGCCAUCUGAAUCCCGAGGUUCGAGAAAAAGAGAAACCCAAAGAGCGAGAGAGGGAUCACUCCGAAUCUCGGAAGGAAAUUAAUGUCGAAGAGCACAAGGUGAAGGACAACUAUAUUUCAGAGAAAGAAGGCCUGAGCCAUGAAAGCCGAGUGGUGGAAGAAUCAAAGCAAAUGUCCAGGGUUCCUUCACCCUAUGCUAGGCCCCCUGUUGUGGAGAGCACCAGGCCUAAUAGUACUUCAAACCGUGAGACUGAGAGGAAGAAUGAGCCGGCAUAUGAUAAUCCGAAGAAAAGCAAUGAAGUCAAGGUGAAGGAGGAGCGAAAGGAAGACCAUGAUGUUCAACCUGAGGGACCUCAGACUCACAGGUCAUCUGAUCAGCCCCCGCCUAUAUCUACAUCUAAUGUCCAUCCAAGUCCUUUAGUGUCUAUGCCCAUGACUGUAGGUGUAACUGGUAUACAUCACAUGAACAGCAUCAGUGGCCUGGAUAGGACUCGCAUGAUGACCCCUUUUAUGGGAAUUAGCCCGAUUCCUGGUGGAGAACGUUUCCCCUAUCCUUCUUUCCACUGGGAUCCAAUGAGAGAUCCCUUAAGAGAUCCUUACAGAGAUCUAGAUAUUCAUCGGAGAGACCCCCUGGGCAGAGACUUUUUGCUAAGAAAUGACCCCCUUCAUCGUCUUUCUACACCAAGAUUAUAUGAAGCCGACAGGUCAUUCAGGGAUCGGGAACCUCACGACUACAAUCACCACCACCAUCACCACCACCCUCUUUCUGUUGACCCGCGACGUGAGCAUGAGAGGGGCAACCACUUGGAUGACAGGGAGCGGUUGCACAUGCUCAGAGAGGACUAUGAACAUGCACGCCUGCACUCAGUUCACCCUGCCACCUUGGAUGGGCACCUGCCUCACCCAAGCCUAAUCACACCAGGACUUCCUAGCAUGCACUACCCCAGAGUCAGUCCCCCGACGGGACACCAAAAUGGCAUCCUCAAUAAAACUCCCCCAACAGCAGCUCUCAGUGCCCCUCCACCUCUUAUUUCUACUCUGGGACCUCGGCCUGGGUCUCCCAGAAGGACUACUCCUCUGUCGACAGAGAUGAGAGAGAGGCCUCCUUCUCACACCCUCAAGGACAUUGAAGCUCGAUAAGCAGAGUGAGACUAAAUGAAAACCAGAGAAAGAGGGACAGAAUGUUGUAAAUGAACAUAAUAUAAAAACCUUCUUACUAGUCAUUGAUACAGACUGGGGAUGUAACCCACUGUACAAUAUGUAUAGACCUGAGUGCAAAGAUUUUGAAAUGUUUUUUUUGUAUAUUAUAUGUUGAAAUUUUCCAGAUCUUUUAGCCAAGUCCAUAUGUUCCUUGUGUCUUCUACUCUAUUUUAUUUCUAGUUUAAAAUUUUCAAAUUUGAACUGAAGAACAAGACAUUACUCUGAAUGAUUUGACUAGAAACAAGCCACCACCAAUGACAACCGUACAACGCUCUUUCAGAAAACAAGUGAAAACAAUUGUAGAUAUUUAUGUAAAAAGAGUGCUUCAUGGGUUAAUGGUUCAUAUAUGCAAAAAGGGUAAGAUGAAAGCUUUACUUUGUACAAAUGUAAAUAGAUAAAAUUAAGUAACAUAAUACAUUAAUACUUCUUAAACUGUGCUAUUUGCAAACUUAAUAUUGAUCAACACAGUCUGCUUAUGCUGUGUUACAUAUAUUGUUAUAGACAGCUAAACCCCUUCAACUAUGCAAUGAAUUUUAAGGCUUUUCACAAAAGCCUUUAUAACUCAAAGGAGCCUUUUCAACACACAACAUACUUAAAGUCAUAUUUUCCCUGAACAAGCUCAUCUAUACUAGAAACCUAUUUCUCUUGCUUGUUUUGAUGAAGAAACAGCCCAUUAGAAGUGUAGUUUUCUGUCUGAACCCCUGCAUCAAGAUGCUGAUGUUACUGUAGCUCAUGUAUUCCUUAGAAUGCGUCAGGUUAGCAAUCUAUAAUCACUGAUACUGUAGUCAUGACUGAUGGGUUUUUAGUCACAUUAAUAUGGGUUAAACAGAAUAAUAAUCAAAUGCUGGAUAUUUUCCAGAACCUUCGUCACUUAACAUGUCAAAUUUAUUUUUGGAAGAACAUCUGGUUAUAACCAUUCAUGUCUGUUUUUAUUGCCAGUGUGUCAUUUUAAUCUGUACACACACUUUUUUUUUUUUGUUAAGCGAUUUUUUAGCUAUGUUGAAACAAAUCCUACAAGAAAGCCAAUACUUUUCUAAAUGAUGGAUAUGUUUUCACUGUGGAUCAGUAGUUUAAUUAAUGAACUCCGAUGCAGAUUUCAUAAUGCAACUUAUUGUAUUUCAGUUGGUAAUAAAGUCUGUGAAUAGUUAACAGGUCAACCUUGUUGUUCCCUAAUCAUGGAGGAUAUAACCUGAAGAACACGGUCCUUUUUAACAAUAUGCAUCAAUCUUCUGAAAUCUGUCUUUUCAUAACACACUUUUUUAUAAUGCGUUAAGUUUCUUGUCUAAAUAUUUGGAGAGAAUAUGACUUUAUCAGAGAGAAUUCAAUAUCUUGUCUACUGGACUGUAAAAUAUAUGUAUGAAAUAAAAUUAGUUCCAUUGGU